CUUGACUUAACUUUACUUUCAUUCAGUUGUAGACACUGAUGUCACUUUUUGUAGAACAAUAUUACAUUUUCAGACUUUUAUUUCACUAACUUCAUGAGCAAGGAACAGUUUAAACACUUUACAUGAAAUAAAUUUAGAAAUGUGGCAGUGGUGAGAAUGCUCAUCAAUGUAUACGUUAUCCUAAUUUUGUCACCUCAAAUAUAUGAUUGUAUCAAAUUAAUAUUUACCAUCUAUUCUUAUGGCCUUGCAAGCCUCCUCUCACUUCCUGUCCCAAUUUCUCAUAAAGAUAUAAUCAUUUAUUAAUUUGAAACAUAUUUUGGCUAAAACAAAUAUGCCAGUCAUGUCAAAUGAGUGUCAAUAAAAAUGAUGCAGAGCUAAUUAAACACUGUAUACUUAAUAGGCAGAUCGUUUAUAGAUAAAUUACUACAAAAGAAUAAUUAGAUUUGAUUUCUUGCCAUAUCUUCUAUUUUAAAAGGCAAAAAGGAGACAGAAGUGCUUUCACCUCUAAAAAUAGGGGCAAAUUCUCCCCAUUUCAAGGUCAGCAUUAGCCUAGUUCAGAAAUUUAAGUCCUCUUAACAAUGUAUAAAUUUCAGGUUCCCAUCAAUUUACCAUCAUGAUCACUACAAUCAUACAUUUAUUGAACAGUGUUUAUUAUGCACAGCAGUAAAGGCAGUUCUUACUAAAUUCAGCAGGAAUGUGUUAAAAGACUUCCCUGUGGAUAAGAUGAGUAUAAUGUAAUUUAAGCCUAUUUUAUGUUUUACACAGUAAUUAGAAUGUUUCCUUAUCAUCAACGUUUAGAAAGGGUCCACAAUACACAAUGUACUAUAUACUAAAUAUAUAGACACUAUCAUAGACUAUGUUUAUAGGACAUAAUCAUCUCAAUGAUUCAAUUCCUUGGUUAUUUACAUGAAUUCAAAAUUUGAGAGGUGGUCUGGUAUAUUUCCAAGCCAGAGAUCUGGGUUCAAGUCCCAUUUCUGAUGCUACUGGCUGUGUGAAGUUGGGUAAGUCAUUUAAUCUCUCAGUAUCCCAGGAAAAUGUUUAUGACUACAAAUUGAAGAAAAGGUGCUGAUCUGCAUUGGAAGAGGGUAUUUCCUCAGCUGGGAAUUCCCUAGUCCCAUGAAAUCACAGGUUCAGCUCCUAUCAAACAAAUUUAACUUAGCUAUGUAUUUUGGCAUUUUCCAAAUACAGCUAAAGUCUUUGAUAAGAAGAAAAUCAUUCUAAUAAUAGUAUUUUGUUAACAAUAUAUUUGCUAGCACAUCUAAACAUCUAAAAUUCAUAUAAGCUAGCAGAGACAUAAAGGAUUUUGUCUUUCUAAAGUAGACAGAUAACUUAGAUUUAUUAAUGGAAACUACAGAAGGAUUUGUUUUCCAAGCCAUGAUAAUUCUGUCCAAAUACAAAUAUCUGUGCCAAAACAUCAUACCAGUCUUGAAUUAACACAUGGGAUCAAAUGAAUGAAAAUCUCCAAUCUCCUUCCACUUCUCAUGGAGAGUUACUUACUGCAGGGAAACAACAACAACAAAAAAAUUUCCUCCUGGAAAUGAAUCAGAAAGCAGAUCCAUCAUUCGGUAGCCAGCAUAUGAUUCAGCAGAGCUUUGUAUAAAAAGUAUAAAGUCCAAAAACUACCCAAAAAGGGUUCUGGAAGCAGUGGACUGUUUUUUAACCCUCCUGGAAUAGUUUCUGUGAAUUUCUGACUGUGAAAGAAGAACACAGUAGGAUUACAAGGGGGUGACCUUCAAAGAACAGCCAAAACGUACUAGGGACACAUUUCACCAAGUAAAGAAUUAGUCUGGGAAUAUGCUGUUACAAAUAGCCUUUUUGCUGCUAAUCUCUCACUUUGCUCAUGCUGGGUUUUACGCUGAACGAUUCCAAUCCCCUACGGGAAUAAAGGGGCCACCACCCAAUCCAAAGACACAGUUUUUCAUUCCUUACACCAUAAAGAGUAAAGGCAUACCAAUUAGAGGAGAACAAGGUCUUCCUGGACCACCAGGCCCCACAGGCCCCCGUGGACAGCCCGGACCUUCUGGACCUCCAGGAAAGCCAGGCUAUGGAAGCCCAGGGCCUCAAGGACAGCCAGGUAUGCCAGGACCACCAGGACUGUCUGCAGUUGGGAAACCAGGCUUGCCAGGUCUCCCAGGAAAGCCAGGUGACAGAGGACCAUAUGGAGAGAAAGGAGACGUUGGACCUGCUGGUUUACCAGGGCCAAGAGGCCCGCCAGGACCUCCUGGAAUUCCUGGCCCCGCUGGCCUAUCUGUUCCAGGCAAACCAGGACCACAGGGGCCAACAGGGGCCCCAGGACCAAGGGGUCUUCCUGGAGAAAAAGGUGUACCAGGCAUCCCUGGUAUGAAUGGACAAAAGGGGGAAAAUGGAUAUGGAAUUCCUGGAAGACCAGGUGAGAGAGGUCAUCCAGGUCCACAGGGUCCCAUGGGACCUCCAGGGCUUGCUGGAGUAGGGAAAAGAGGAGAAAAUGGAUUUCCAGGACAGCCUGGUGCUAAAGGAGAUAGAGGUUUCCCAGGGGAAACAGGCCCACCUGGCCUACCAGGUCCCCAAGGUCCUCGUGGAGAACCUGGAGCAGCAGGAAUAGGAAAGCCGGGAGUCAAUGGGGCACCAGGAUUGCCGGGGACACCUGGAACCAAAGGUCUUCCAGGAGCUCCAGGAAUAGCAGGGAUGCCAGGUGCACCUGGAUUUGGUAAACCAGGUUUACCAGGGAUGAAAGGGCAGAGGGGACCUGAAGGCCUUCCAGGGGCUCCAGGAGUCAAAGGGGAACAAGGCCCAGCAGGUCACCCAGGGGAACCAGGUUUGGAUGGGCCCCCAGGACGCAUGGGACCACAAGGACCAAAAGGAAUACCAGGUAACAAUGGCAUUCCUGGUUCUAAAGGGGAGGCAGGACCAACAGGCCCUACAGGGUUCCCAGGGGCCAAGGGAGAUAGAGGCCUACCAGGGUUAGAAGGAAAACCAGGCUACCCAGGAGAACCAGGUCUCAAUGGUCCCAAGGGCAACGCAGGUUUGCCAGGCCCAAAAGGGGACACCGGAUUGGGGGGUCCUCCUGGUUUACCAGGCCCUGCAGGAGCAGCUGGUGCUAAGGGCAUACCAGGACACAAUGGUGAGCCAGGUCCUAGGGGCGCCCCUGGAAUACCAGGAACAAGAGGCCCAGUUGGGCCACCAGGAAUUCCAGGAUUCCCUGGGACUAAAGGAGACCCAGGAAGUCCAGGCCUGCCUGGCCCGGCUGGUAUUGCAACUAAAGGACUCAAUGGACCAAUGGGGCCACCAGGGCUACCAGGUCCAAGAGGCCAUGACGGAGAGCCUGGACGCCCAGGGCCCCCAGGACCUCCAGGCCCACCAGGUCAAGCAGUCAUGCCAGAGGGCUUUAUAAAAGCUGGACAAAGGCCAAGCUUAUCAGGGACACCUCUAGUAAGUGCAAAUCAGGGUGUAACAGGAAUGCCUGUGUCGGCUUUCACAGUUAUUCUCUCCAAAGCCUACCCAGCAAUAGGCACUCCAAUUCCAUUUGACAAAAUCGUCUAUAACAGGCAACAGCACUAUGAUCCAAGAACUGGGAUUUUCACCUGUAGGAUACCAGGUCUGUACUAUUUCUCCUACCACGUACACGUGAAAGGGAAUCACGUGUGGGUAGGCUUGUAUAAGAAUGGCGCCCCCGUGAUGUACACCUAUGAUGAGUACACAAAAGGGUACUUAGAUCAGGCUUCAGGGAGCACUGUCAUAGAUCUCACAGAAAACGAUCAAGUGUGGCUGCAGCUACCAAACGCAGAAUCCAAUGGUUUGUAUUCUUCUGAGUACGUUCAUUCAUCUUUCUCAGGAUUUUUAUUUGCCUUACCAUAAAGACAGCCUGCAUAGCUAGUCUACACUGUCUGCUUGAAAAAUGGUCUGUAAUGAGAUGUUUACCUAGAAAUCACUCCCUUCCAACAGCUGAAACAUCGGAAAAAUUGACUACUUUUCAAAUGUCUGGGAAAUGGAAAUUUACCAUGAGAAACACAAGCUAAAAAAUAAUACAGUAAAUUGCAUAUGAAGAGCGCUCUCAUUUUAAGGACUUCUAGUAAUUAUGUCUAAGAUACCCUAAUGUUUUCUGUGAAAUCACGCGAUAUUGUGAAAUUUCACUCUGCCUGUACUGUAAUUCACUAAAAGGAAGAAACACAGCUUCACCACAGAAUCAUCUUUUAGAGAUAAGAAGUUUCUAGAAUGAAAGUAGAUGAAUUUACAUAAUAGCCUCCAGGAGAUUAUUUUAACCAUCAGAAACUGCUGAAUUUACCCGAAUCUUUUACAUAAAAUUCUUAACAGCAUACAGAAAUGUAAUUUUAGAAUUUUCAAGCUAGAAAUAUAGCUAAUUUAAGUGCACUUUUUUUUUACACAAUGUGGAUAUUUCUUACCUGUUUAAAAGUAAAUUAAACAAAAACUUCAAAUUUUAAAGAACACUUUUAAAGCCCACACUGAAACUGUUUUGAUCUUAAAUAUAUAAAACAAUCUAUACAAUUUAUCUUAAAAGUGAAAUAUAUGCCAACAUCCAAAUCAUAUUUGAAAAAAGAAGAGCUGGCUCUUUGAUUGGCGGCUUUACAAAAAAAAAAAUUAAUGCCAAAAAAACCUAACCCAAACACAAGGACAAGAGUCUUAAAAGAAAAAAGAUUUUUAGUCUAAGAUUUGAUUUCAUAAAAUUGACAAUAUCUUUCAAAACAUGCCAAAAUCUAACCACUAACAUUAGCACAUUUUGGAGACAUUUAGAAAAAGGUACUGUAUCGCUAGUAAACUUGAACACACACAUUUGAAAGGUGCUGUACCCUACAGCACUUUCUGAUGCUGCAUUCUGAGAAGGAUGUGUUCAAAUAUGUUUCCCUACAAUGGUGCUUUUAUAAAUAACAAAGUAAAAGUAUUCUAGCCAGAUUAAAAAACAAAAAACAAAACACCCUAUUACGUUAAACCAUAUCUGCUAUACAAGGUGCUUAUUCUUCAACCACCUCAAAAAUUCAUUUGCUAACUGAAAAGUCUUCUUAGUUGCUACCUUCAAAGUAUGGAAAGAUGUCCUGUGACAAGAUGACCCUCUCAAGUUAGAAUGUGAAAUGGUGGCAUUUCCUUUCAAUUCAUUUACUUAAGGCAUUUGGUGCAGAUGAAAGCUGUGUGCAAUCAGUUGGUUCACAUGAUGAUUACUGUUUCCGUCAUUGGAAAGUACCUUUCAUUACUGGCUUUAUUAUGUGAAAUGUUUUGUUCAUUGGAUACUUUUUUACAAAUGAAAUUUCUUAAGUAUUUACAGUACAUUAGUCUAUUGCAUGUCUUCCAUUUCCAUCAAUUUCAGUGGAAUUACAACUAGCAUCAAAGGCUUCAACAGUCUAAAUAGAGAUUAUUUAUAUUCUGUGUUACAUUUGUAUAUUGCUGUUUCAAAAAUCCCAUGACAAGUCUGAAUCUUUUGAAAGCACAAAUGUUUUCACCUACUCUUUAAUUAUAUUACAACAAAACCAAGGAAAUGGAUUUUUAGGUCAAAUUCAUCUGAAACCAGCAUAUUUGCUAUUCUAAAGUGUUCUUUUGAUGCUUUUUGUUUUUCAAAGUUAAAAGAAUGUAAACCAAUA